AUGCAGGAGCAAGACGGCCAAGAAGUGCCCCUGGAGUAUGCAAGCCGUAAGUUGUCGGACACAGAACGAAGGUGGGAUACCCGAGAGAGGGAGCUCUACGCCAUCAAGUACGCGCUAGAGAAAUGGCGAGACUACCUCGGCCUAGAGAAGUUUGUGGUACGGACGGAUCACAACAACCUCAGAUACCUAGCGACGGCCCACACGGGCAAGGCCCAGCGUUGGGCAUUGUACCUAGUGCGAUUUAACUUCGAUAUAGAGUUCCUACAGGGAAGUCAGAAUAACGUUGCCGACUGGCUUUAG